UAUUGAGAAGGGGAAUUUGUUGAAUAGAAAAAUGGAGAGGCGGCAACAGCGCCGACUCCUGUUGGAGAGGCAUGGCCUCUUGUCCCGAAAGUUUAGCCCAAAGCUCAGAGUUUUCACUUCCAGAAAGGUCUUCAGAUCUCUCCUCAUUGUCCUCGCCUUCAUCGCCAUUCCUCCCCCUAUUUACUUCCAUCUUCGUCUCCGAACAUUUCAGAAGAUGCAAUCACAGAAAUGCAGUUGGCUACGGAGUCUUCCUCUGGUCUGUGCUCAUGGUGGUGAUUCGUCCAAGGCCUUCCCCAACACUAUGGCUGCAUACCGAAUUGCUCUUGAUUCUCAGGCUGACUGUAUUGAAAUUGAUGUUUCUCGUUCUUCAGAUGGUGUAUUGUUUGCCCUCCAUGACCGGCAGGGAUUUGCAAUGGAUAACUGGGAACAACAAUUCUAAAGUUUCAUACCUUAGCUCAAAGGAGAUUAAAGAUCUAGAUGCAGUUCAUCAGCUUAAGUUGGAGCAUCAUGAUCUAACUGUUCCAACACUUGAAGAUGCAUUAAAGUUGAUAUCAGGUUCCGUCCGACAAGUAAUUCUUGAUGCAAAAGUUGGUCCACCGUUGUAUGAGAGAGAGUUUGCAAAGGAUCUUCUUUCUGUUGUUGACAAUACAGGCUGUAGAAAUUGCCUUGUAUGGGCUAAAAGUGACAGUUUUUCAAGAGAUGUAAUGAAACUGUCAUCAGAUGUUAUGGUAGGUUACAUUGUCAUGAUAGACCCUUCAACAGGAACUAGGAUGAAGUUAUUAAGAAUGAGAGGUGCUGCAGUUGUUGGUGUUUACCAUCCUUUAAUUGACGAGCCUCUCAUGAAAAUUCUCCAGGGGAGGAAUAAAAAGGUUUAUGCAUGGACUGUUGAUGAUGAGGACUCCAUGAAGAAAAUGUUAUUUGAGCGGGUGGAUGCUAUUGUUACAAGCAGUCCUUCUUUACUUCAACGCCUUAUGCAAGACGUGAGGACACAAUGCCUCGCGGAAGGUUUUUCUUUGUCCCCUUGAGGACAAGUUAUAUUAUUCAAAAAAUAGGUCAACUGAAAAAAUUUGAGCUCUGCUAGUGGAAUGGGAAAAGUAAACCAAGGAUUGCAAGCGAGAAGAGGCCUGAGUUUUACAUAUCCAAUAAAUCAUUUGCCUAAAUAGUUGGUUUUAGAAGACAUAGAAGGACGGACAUAGGAUAACAACACCCAUCAGCUAACGAAUACAACAUUAAGUGUUCUUUUCUCGCGUUAUCAUCUUUACAUGUUGAAGUAGCGCCACAUUUGACCGCUACAUGUGGAUCGAUGCUGGAAUAUAUUGCAGGAUUGAAGCUUCGGGAGAGAUUGCUGAUAGAUAUUGUUAAAAUGGCUUCGUGAAAUGUUAAUUUUAGACUGUUUGCAGGCAGCAAUUUGAAGUUCACUAAUGAAAAAGGUUGGCGUUAGUAUAAGUUCCUGACAGACUGGGCCUUAGAUCAGCCAGUGUUAUUGCUGUAAAGGAGAUUAUUGUU